AUGCGCGACCUUUCGCGCGACGACGACUUCCUCUCCCACCUACUCGUCGAGAAACUCGGUACCGGCGCUGCACCCCUCGUCGUCCAUAAGAUGGACGCCGGCCGCACCAUCCCCAAGGCCAACCCCGACUCGCUGAUGCAGAUCGUCAGAACACUGGUCACUGCCAAGGGGCCCCCGCAGGCCGCGAUACGCGUCGCAGUCGACGAACUUCUCACGCAUGCCUCGCGUUAUUUCGAAUUAUAUCUCCCCACAGGCUCUAUUGAGAUCGCGCAUACAUCGCGCUAUUCACACAAGACUGGAAAAUCCGAACUAUGCAUCCUCGCGACGCGCCCGCUCAACACAGGCACUGUCAUUACAGAGUUGAAAGGGUCGAUGGCCGACCUGACCGAUGAGGAAGACAUGGAACUAAAACGCAUCGACGCGACGUGUGUCGAUGGUGUGCAGAUCCGAAGAGACUUCAGCGUCAUUCAUUCAAAGCAAUUGAAGAAAAACCAUCUUUUUUUAGGCCCGGCGCGGUUCGUCAACCACGACUGCGACCACAAUGUCGAGCUCUUCCGUGAAGGGCGGUACAUCACUUUCCGAGUCAUCAAGCCCAUCGGAGUUGGGGAGGAAGUCACCGCGCACUACGGAGAUGGCUACUUCGGCCGGGACAAUCGACAUUGUCUCUGUGAGACGUGCGAAAAGCUCGGGCGGGGCGGAUACGCUACUGACGCCGAAGACGACGAGGCCUCCGAUUCUGGCCCAGGGUCGCCGUUGCAGCCCCGCGGACGUCGCGCUGCCCCCAGUGUUGACUCGGACUCAGACUCGGAGGAAGAAGAGGCUGUGGUCGUUAACGUGAACGCACGCAGUACGCGGCGCGGGGUGUAUGCGGUCGUGAAGGACAAGGAACGCAUCAAGGGAAAGGGCAAAGAGAAGGCCGCGGCGUCUGAGCUCGUGGAAGGUGCGGAGAUCGAGCUCGAGGCGGAGGUCGAGCAGGACAUCUCGUCGGACCUGACGUCGCUCCCCCCGUCGCGUUCAUCGGCGCCCGUUCCCCCCUCGAAAGGCAACGGACUUAUGACACCAGAACCGGAUCCUCAACUACAGGAAUGGCUUCGUGGCGUUGGCGCAGAAGGCGCAUCUGUUCCGUCCACGCCGACGAAAGGUGGAAUGCGCGGAGCGAGUACGAGCACGAGCGUGCUGUCGACCCCGACAAGCUUCCGUUCCGUGAUCGCGACGCGCGCACAGAAAGCAAAAAAGGCCGCGACCGCUGAGGAUGAUGUUGCGGAGGACGAAUUACCGGAUGCCAGUGCCAGUGUCAAUGUCAGUGUCAGUGCAAGGGGCUCUGGACGUGGACGAGGCCGGAGGGGCAGAGGCAGAGGAUUCCGUGGACGAGGCCGUGGUGGACGCUCACGAGCGGACAUGGAUCAGCCCCGCCAGCUUGAGACGCCACCAUUGACGGCGGAGUCGGCGUCGGUGUCCGUGGCGACGAGUAUUCGGUCAAGCUCGCGCAUACGCUCUCGCGGCGGGGACGUCACAAACCUCUCGCGCCUGACCACGCCUGUGCCAGUCAGCUCGUCCCUGUCUAGAGCGGUCGAGCCUACUGGGCGGAAAGACAAGGGCAAGGAGCGCGCGAGCGAAGAGUCCGAGUCUGAAUCUGUUUCCGAAGAUGGAGAGGACGAGCCGGAGCCGGAGCCUGAGAUGCGGACAUUGCGCCCGCGCGCGUCGCUUCACGGGCACCUGCUCGCAGCGCAUGGAUUGGAGCACCCGGUGAUGGAGCGAGCAGAGGCGCCGCGGGGCGAGGAUGGGAAGCUACUGCCGACAUGCAUAACGUGCCGGAACGUGCUACCAGUGAUACAUGUAGAAGGCAAGCCAGUGUGGGGGCUCGUGCUGGGACGGACGGGCAAGCGGGGUCGACCUAAAAAGAACAUCGAGGCGGAGUGCCCUAGGUGCCUGCGCCAUAGUGAGAUAUACGGUCUCAAAUGGCCAGAGCGUCGUCCUGGUGACAGGAGCAGUGCAUUCCUUCCUACACCACGGGAGACGCGCAAUUCCACCCCCAUUACCCAUUCCGCUCUUGCUGCUCUUGACCGCAAGUUGGCAUUCGCAAAGCAUGGAUAUGCAAUGCCCAAGCGGCCUUACAAGCGCCGCAGGGAAGUUGAAGAGACUGAGGACGGCCCACCUGCCAAACGCGCCAAACCCAUCGAUAAGCCUGCGGCGACGAGCACAGGACGCCCGCGCGGCCGCCCUCCAAAACAUCGAGUCGGAAUGUCGACGAAGGCGAAACAAUUACUCAAAGUCGACACACUCAAGGUUAUACCCAAGGCUUCCCCUAUUAAGGCUAAGGCGGCACCGGUUGCAAAGGCUAGCGCUAGCACUAACAGCGGCCGGCGCAGUGGACGCACGCGGGUUCCGAGCAUCAAGCUGCGAGAGAGCGUACCCCCCAGAUUGCGGUCGCAGUCGCGGGCUGGGCAUAGCGCGAGUCGCCCGCCGACUUCCUCUUCGACGUCUGCGAGCGGUUCAUCCUCCUCUUUGUCGGGGCCGGAGACUGAAAGUGUGGUGGGCAGCCUCAUGGAGCCACCUAGUACUCCUGUGAAGCGAAAACGAGAAGGAGAAGGCGAAGAGGACAGCCCGAAGGUCAUGACUCCUAAGUCGCUUGCUGUGGCGGCCCAGCCCCGAGAGUCGAACGGCCGCUUCGGGAAGAAGUCGCAUACGAACGGGCGGUUCAAGCGGAAUAAUUCUGCGCUAUCUGGUGCUGGCAGGCGCUCUCGACAGCAAAGGGCGCUGAUGCGUCUGCGUCGACUCACCAAGAAAAACAUCAGUACACCGAGAUGUGACAACGAAAUUCAUCCUGGAUCUGAAGGCAGCUCUUCAGACUUGGUUACUUCGGGAACGUCAGACGAGGCGAGCAGUCUGUCACGCAAGCGGCCCAUAGAGGAUGAAGGGGAAGACGAAGACAUGGCUGAGUUGUCUGCCAAGAGGAUUCGUAUUGGCGAAGAUCUCGAGGAUCUUGAUCUCGAUGCUGUCUCCGAUGGAGAUCAAGAUGAGGAAGAGGAUGACGCUAUGGGCGAUUCAGAACCCGAGUAUAUGUUCCGUCCAGCAUUGUUCUCGUCUCGAGGCAACUCUGGUGCAGGUCUUCUUUGUGCGCCAAAUCCCAUGUCCUUCGCGCGCCGCAAAUGGUCCGUUACCCCCAUCAUCUCGCAGAACUCCGUCGAUGGCGGACAGUCUUCAACAGACGAUAAUGACACCGACCUGCCUCCCACGCCUGAGGACGACCAGGAUGCGCCCGUCGUCAACGCAGAAGAACUCGCGGAGCAGCUGGAAUGCGCUGAGGAUGAGGAUGGAGACAGUGAACAUACCAUGUCUGUGUCUUAUUCACGUCCUAUCUUGUCCGCGCCUGCGUUGGGAGGCAAGUUGCUGAAACCUUCUCCUCACAACCUUGCUAGGCGCCGUUGGGCGCCGCCGCCGCCGCCAAAGGUUCAAGAAGAGAGAGCCAAUGGGCUCCUCAAUCGUUUUGGUGAUUUGGAAUAUCCGUAUACUUCCGACGAGGAGGACAACGAUAUAAGAGGUCCCGCGGAGGGGCUAUUGGAACUUGCUAGGUCGCCGAAGUCUCCUAUACUUGCUGCAAGGUCAAGUCGUGCGUCGACCAUCUCCGAUCUUAGUGCUCCUGCUGCACUGUUGGAGCUGUCGAGGACACCGAAGCCCACAGGCCCAUCCUCGAAUUCCCGCGGAAUUUCCCUUGGAUCAACAGGGUCCACCGGCAGCUCAGAGUUGGUUGUCGAACAACUAGUGAGCAUGUCUCCUUCGCCGCGCCCUGCAUCUUUAGGUUCGCCUUGGUCAGGGUCUCCUCGAUCGAUUGGCGGUACGCCAACGAUCCAGCAGUCACCAAGCCUGCCAUGGAAGCAGAUUUCCAUCCGGGAGGCUGACAUUCCUUAUCUGAAGGACCGCUCUCGUUCAUUCUCCGCCAACCUACACAGCUCCCCUGUGACUUUCGAGCGUGCACGAUGGUGUGAUCCAUCGUCUGAAUCGGACUCUUCAUGA